AUGAGGAGAAGGAUCAGCUGCUCUUCCUCCUCCGCUCUCUUCUUCUUCUUUCUCCUCCUCCUCCUCCUCCUCAGCCGGCCUGUCUGCUCCGUCUCCAGUGGGGAAGACACCUUAUCCCCUGAUCGGCCUCUCCUCGAUGACGGAGCAACCGCUCUGGUCUCCUCCGGCGGCAGCUUCCGGCUGGGCUUCUUCAGCCCCAACGGUUCCACCAACCGCUACGUCGGCAUAUGGUACAACAACAUCCCUAACCAAACCGUCGUGUGGGUCGCCAACCGUCGACAGCCCAUCACCACCCUCUCCGGCAGCCUCUCUUUGACCACCAACGGCACACUUAUUAUCACCGGCGAAGACAAUUCCACCGCCAUCUGGUCUUCGGGGUCGCCAACCUCAGGCCUCGAGAAUCCAGUCGCACGGAUCCUCGAAGAUGGAAACUUCGUCGUCCAAGAGGCGAGCAGCAACCGCAACGACGACCCUAACAGCUUCGCAUGGCAGAGCUUCUACUUCCCGACGGACACGCAGUUACCGGGCAUGGCGCUGGGGCAGAAGCAACUCCACACAGGGGCCAUCCUCAACAUCAACCUCACGGCCUGGAAGAGCCCCACGGACCCCGCUCCAGGCCAAUAUGCCUUCGGAUUAGACGUGAGAGGCGACCCCCAAAUAUUCAUCUGGUCAGAUACACGACCCUACUGGCGCGGAGGCCCAUGGAGCGGCCUCGGGUUCAGUGGCGUCCCACAGGUGACGAACCAAGAUGACUGGCUCAUAGACGUCAACGUGGAACAAAAUCAAAUCGCCUACUCGACCAUCAACCAGCCAUCAGUUAUAUUGAGGUGGACCAUGGACUCCUCCGGCCAUAUACAAUUCCUCGUGUGGAUCGAGGCUGAACAGCGCUGGAGUGUCAGUUGGUACCUACCCAAGGACCACUGCGAUCAAAUAUUCUCGUGCGGCCCCAACAGUUACUGCAGCUCCAACACCUCGCCGCCGUGCACAUGCUUGCCGGCGUUUCAUCCAAACAACCAACGUAAUUGGGAUUUGUGGGACUGGUCGGACGGCUGCACCAGGACGACGCCCUUGGACUGCGUAAAUAAUACCGAUGGAUUCUUCACACAGAGCGACACCAAGUUGCCCGACACGUCAAGAUCGACAGUCAAUGCAAACUUGAGCUUGGUGGAGUGCAGGGCUUUGUGCUUCGGCAACUGCUCAUGCAGAGCAUAUGCUGCAUCGAACAUAAGUGGAAUUGAAAGUGGCUGCUUGAUCUGGACAGACGAUCUCACUGAUAUCAUAGUGUACCAGAGUGGUCUAGGACAGGAUCUUUAUGUCAGAUUGGCAGCGGCAGAUUUAGUAUUUGCAUCUGAAGCUUUGCGCCAUCAUUCUAACCGGAAUAUCAUAAUGAUUGUGGGUUUUCCUGUGACAAUUCUGUUCCUUGCUUGUGUGGCUUACUCGAUUUGGAGGUGGAAGAAGAGAAGGUCUCAGAUUCACUAUGAAGCAGAAGACAAGGACAUGGAAUUGCCAUUGUUUGACUUGAAUACAAUUAAAGACGCCACCGAUGACUUCUCGCCAGACAACAAGCUUGGUGAAGGAGGCUUUGGCCCUGUGUACAAGGGUAAAUUGGGUGAGGAACAAGAGAUAGCAGUGAAAAGAUUAUCUAAGACAUCCACACAGGGAGUCGAUGAGUUCAAAAAUGAGAUCACAUUGAUCGCGAAACUGCAACAUAGAAAUCUUGUUAAGCUUCUUGGCUGUUGCAUCCAAGGAGGGGAAAGACUCUUGAUCUACGAAUACAUGUCCAAUGGAAGCUUGGACAACUUUCUGUUUGGUGAAGCUCAAACUGUAUUACUGGAUUGGAGAGCGAGGUACAACAUCAUUCUUGGUGUCGCUCGAGGUCUACUUUAUCUUCACCAUGAUUCAAGAUUAAGGAUAGUUCAUAGGGAUCUUAAGGCAAGCAAUAUUUUGAUUGACAAAGAUAUGAAUCCCAAAAUAUCUGAUUUUGGCAUGGCUAGGAUAUUUGGAGGAGAUGAAUCUGAAUCAAUUACCAAAAGAGUCGUCGGAACCUAUGGCUACAUGUCUCCUGAAUAUAUCAUGAAUGGUAUUUUUUCAAUAAAAUCUGAUGUAUUUAGUUUUGGAGUACUAGUACUUGAGAUAAUAAGUGGUAAAAGGAACAGAGAUGCUGACCAAUCAAUGGAACAAUUGAACCUUCUUGGAAAUAUGUGGAUCAUGUGGAAAGAAGGAAAAUGCUUAGAUUUAGUCGAUAGAAAUUUCAGCCAUCUCUUAUCCAAAAAUCAAGUGUUAAGGUGCAUAAAAGUUGGACUUUUAUGUGUUCAAAAGCAACCAGAACAUAGACCAACAAUGUCUUCAGUGUUGGCAAUGUUGGUGAGUGUUGAUAAUAUUUCUCUCUUACCAGAACCUAGACAACCAGGCUUUUUUAUUGCAGCACUGUCAUCUCUAAGCUCAGAUUUUAGUAAUCAAGAGUUAGUGUCUGUGAAUCACAUUUCAAUCACUGAAAUGGCUGGUCGAUAG